AUGCCAGCUCUAGGACGCUACAUCGCAUCGCGACACCUUGCGCAACAUUAUGGAGUUAUGCGAAUUUUAUCAGCCCCAUCCGCUCGUACAAUCCAUACGAAAUUGAGCAUACGGGAUAGAGAUCCUCUCAAAGAGCAGGCUCCUUCCAUCUUUCCACCUAAACGAUACUCUAAAACAACGAAAGCAUUGUCUCGAAAGCGCCUUACCCAACUCCAGGCACUGUCCGGAGGCACCCGACGCCUUACCCUCGAAGACUACGAAGGGCCAAGUUUCGCAAACCGACGACACUUCCAUAAUUACUUCGUCACCCACCUUCCGUCAUCGUCACUACAUCCCGAUUCUCGGUCAUCGUCUGGGCCUGGACAUAAGUUGCCCCGCGAUGCGUCGACUCCUCAUAUCCAGAGGCCGGGGUCCUCUCCGGCGGCGGCGGCGCUAAACAUGCCCAGCCGAGACCUCACAGUCGUAAGAAUCCCGCUGAGAAGAGCCAAACAUCACUUUGGCGUCUUCUCAUCGAGGGGCCAACGAUCAUAUAACGAAGAUACAAACCAAGCUGGCACUAUAAGUAUGCCAGCAUUUGCUAAGAGGGCACCCGUGAGCCUGCAGAGGAAGCCUAUACAAAAGCCCAAUGAGGCUACUUCGGCGGACAGUGCACUUGGUGACCCUCAAGUCUUCUAUUUCGGCGUGUUUGAUGGCCAUGGCGGGUCUCAGUGCGCCGAGUUUUUGAGAGACGAGUUACACGGCUACAUUGAGCAAGCUUCGGCCGAGUUUGGGCUCCAGAGCAGCCUAAAAAGGACCUCCAGACGGCAGUCAGGCCGUAAAGAUGAAGAUGAAACCGACAGACAUGAAGAGCUGGACAUGAAAUCAGAAGAAGAGGUUCGGGAGGAGAUGCGUGUUCCUGAGCAAGACGCUCACGGCGUCGUAAAGAAUCCUGAGAGAAUGGAACCCAUUAAAGGGGUCGAACCUGUCUCUGCCAAAGUAGACGAUAUACCGAAAGCUGCGAAGCUGCAACAGGACCUUGUGGAGCAGUACAGGCAGACCAUUGGAGGCUACUUUCGGCGCUUUAACCCUGAGUUCUUCAAACAGCCCGAAGACAUGGAAGAUACCGGCAGUGAUGAUCCACCAAUUACAGUGGAAUCGAUUCUCAUGUACGCAUUCCUCCGAGCAGAUUUGGAUUUUAUCUCUGCUCAAGCCCGCAAGCCCGACCCCGACGAUCCGCGCGUAGGUGACUCCCCCCUGAAUAGUGACGAAAUCCUUGGAGCACCACAUAUACCACCAUCUGGCCACGGCAUUGGGGGUUCAUCACGCUUCAAAGGCGGAUCUACGGCGUCAGUGGCUCUUAUAUCGACACCCACUCCGGCGCCGUUUUGGCAUCCUAACGCCCAAUCCACCUUGAUUGUCGCCCAUGUCGGCGACACGCGGAUACUCCUAUGCCAGACAACGACUGGCCUCGCGCAGCCGCUAACAUCAGAUCACCAUCCCACAACUCCAACCGAAAGCCGCCGCCUACGCCGGUAUGCCCCUGCUGGCUCUAUGGUCUCUGGUGAUAGUUUCGGCGAGGAGCGAAUCAUGGGAUUGGCCAACAGCCGCUCCUUUGGUGAUAUGCGGAGCAAGCGCAUCGGCGUAUCAGCUGAGCCAGAAAUCACUCGUGUCGAAAUUGGCCCGGCUGAGUACUCGUUCAUCGUCCUCAUGAGCGACGGCAUAUCUGGCACACUCAGCGACCAGGAGAUCGUCGAUGUUAUCAAGGAAGCCAGGACGCCAGAGCAGGGUGCUAAGGAUGUGGUCGAGUACGCAACUGAGGUGUCACAUGACGGCGACAAUGCCACUUGUCUGGUCGUCAGGCUCGGUGGCUGGGAACGGAGGUCGGAGGGGGGCGUUGGCAGCCUCGGAACCAAAGAAAUCCGGGACAAGAGAAGGGCGGAAGCUCUAGAUCCUCGACGAGGCAAAAGAUAA